AUGAUCAAAGUUGUUGAUAAUUCUAUAUAUAUAUAUUUGAGAACACAAACACCAUCUGAUCAAGAAAUUCUAAAGAUGGCUGAUGGAAAGCAUGAUGCUCACGAGUUGCUUCAAGCUCAAGCACAUAUAUGGAAUCAUAUAUUCAACUUCAUAAACUCAAUGUCUCUUAAAUCUGCAAUUCAGCUAGGCAUCCCUGAUGCCAUCCAUAGCCAUAGCAGACCCAUCUUCUCCCAGCUCAUUGCCGCCUUACCUGUCCACCCAGCCAAAGCCCGAUGUAUCCCUCGCCUAAUGCGCAUUUUGAUUCAUUCUGGUUUCUUUGCUAAAGCAAAGAUCGAAGAAAACGAUGAAGAAGAAGGGUAUGUUCUUACCAAUGCAUCUAAACUCCUCCUUAAGGAAAACCAUUCGAGUGCUGCACCGUUCUUGCUAUCCAUGCUUGACCCAAUUUUAACAGAACCAUGGCAUUAUGUGAGCACUUGGUUUCAAAAUGAUGAUGCUACUCCAUUUCAUACUGCUCAUGAAAUGAGGUUUUGGGAGUAUGCUGGCAAUGAACCAAAGGUCACCAAUUCUUUUAAUAAAGCUAUGGCUAGUGAUUUUUAUUAUUGAUAAAAAAAAAAACAAUGGAUUAUGCAUAUGACUGGAGCGAUGAGGAAUGGUUAGAGAUACUUAAGCGAAGUAAAGAAGCAAUCAAAGGCAAGAAAGGAGGAAAACCGAUUAUUAUUAAUAUGGUUUUGGAGAACAGACAAGUAAUUGAUUAUGAGUAUAUUGAAACACAACAUUUAAUUAAUGUGUUAAUGAUGGCGGUGCAAAUUGGUAAGGAGAGGAACAGCAAAGAAUGGGGCAAACUCUUUCUUAGAUGCUGGUUUCAGUGACUAUAAGAUAAUUCCUGUAUGGGGUUUAAGGUCUGUCAUUGAACUUUAUCCUUAAAUAUAUAAUGUAUUCUCGUCGUAUUAAUUUGGUUUCAGUCAAACUUUGAGCUUGUGAUUUUUCAACACUUUUAUGGUUGGAUUAGUGAUUAA